AGGCGCCCUGUAACUGCGCAGUGUCUCUGCUCGAGGUUUCGGUUCGGAACAGAUUUUGAUUUUUUUGCUUUCUGCUGAGUGUGUUUCAUUGUAUUCCCGGAUACAUGAGGCCUCCAAACACGUCUCUGUUUGUCCGGAACAUCUCUGAUGAGUCCAGAAAAUGUAAACGCGUCCAGUUGUGGAAGCGGCCACAAAGAGUUACAAAGACCCGUGUAGAGUAGCUGUAAAGACAAGUGACACAGAGCCCUGCAGGAUCAGAGGGAGGGAAAAGGUUGAAAAGAGAAAGUAAAGCAUGAAGAGGAAAAGGGAACCAAGACAAAGCUUGGAAAUGGCGGCAAAGAAUGGGGAAAAGAAAAGAGGUUUAAAAGGAAAGAGCAAGCAGGAAAUCCAAGUCUCUCUGGGAGUCGGUUAAAGAGUGUAAAGAUCAAGAUGAAGUUCAAAGUCAAGCAUGGCCAAAGCAUAUUUGAGGAUGUGCGAGAUGCAGAAGAUGCUCUGCACAGCCUGGACAGGAAGUGGGUUUGUGGCCGCCAGAUUGAGAUCCAGUUUGCCCAGGGUGACCGGAAGACACCUAAUCAGAUGAAAUCGAAGGAGAGGCGUUCUCCUGGACGAUCAUCUCGGUACGACGACUACGAUCGAGACGGCUGGCGCAGAAGAUCUCGCAGCCGCAGCUACGAAAGAUAUCGAUCACGCAGCCCAUCUUAUGAUCGCCGCCGCAGGCGAUCGGAGAGUCCUCGAGAAUCUCGUGGCCGGGUGUAUGGAAGAGGAAGAAGCAGGAGCCGUGAAGAUGACAGGUACAGACAGAGGCCUCGCAAAGAGUCCAGGAGGAGGUCCCGCUCCCGAUCCGCAUCUCCCCGAGAGAACAUGAACCCUGCAGCCGCCUCCCACUACACAGAGGAAGAACCGCGCCAGGCUCAGUCCCACUCAAAGUCCCGCUCCAUGUCCCGGUCCCGUUCACGCUCCCGCUCCUGGGCCGGACGGAAGUCUGGAGGACGCUAACAGACCUACUCCUCUCCUGUUUGACCUGCGGCGCUCUUUGUUUGAUAUGAAUGUGACCCGGCUGAACCGUUUGUAAGAAGCUUCAUUUUUGUCAGACCAGCGCUGCUGCUCAUUUUGGUUUUAUACAAAUACUUCUGCAAUUUUUCCCAGUUGGAAUAUAUGUCGGGUUGGUGUGUUUGGUGGAACCCUGACCCAAUUAAAAAUGUUUUUUUUAUAUUCAGUUCUCCUUCUGUUUCUUCUGUUUGAACUGUCUGCAGCAGGUUUUCUUUACUAAACUAAAACAUUCAGUAUUUGCUGCUAAAACCCAGCAGUUGUUUAAUGAUGCGCGUCAUUUGGUACUGCUCAUCAUCACCAACCGCUUUUAGUCCAGUUAAAAUCAGCUUCAGCUGGCUGAUCCCAGGUCAGUUACAGCUGGUGAUAACUGAAGUUGGUGACGCUCAGCAGUUCAGUCAGAACAUGGUUUCAUGUGUAAAAUGCUCAGAGGAAAGUGUUUAACUGUCAGGACUGUAUGUUUUUUAAGUUUUAUGGUGUUUUCUGUAAGUUGGUCUCUGAACGUUUUACUUUGUUACUCCAAACGUUGGUUCUGAGAGGAACGGCAGACGUUCCACGUUUCUGCGAGUGGCCCUGCAUGUUUUAUUCUCCCUGUCUUCUGUCUUUAUUAGGAAGAAACGUUUGUUUUCAGUAAUAAAUCGAUAACAUUCAGUACAA